UUCGUUUAUCGGGAGUCAAGGGCCGCUUAUUUAAAUUCUAUUGUAUUUCAAAUCAAUCAAAAAUCUUGAAAAUGACAGUGUUAUCAAUGUAUUUAUCGUCCAAUUGGAUAGGUGAAAAUCGAUAAAAUGUUGAAGAUUAGUGCAGUUCUGUCCUUCAUCUGCAAAACGUGUUCUUGCAGAAAAUCACUGCUCAACAGUUGACGUAUACAAUUUGGUACGUUUUUGAACUGUUUGGUUUAUACAAUAGAUAAGCAUAACUAACUGAUAAAAUGCUAUCUGUACUAUAUAAAUGUUCAUUUGCAUUCGCGCUCGUAUAUUAUGGUGUAAUACCGCUUGGGUACUUAACAAAGUAAGGUGGUGGGUAACCCAUGAAAAAAUGAAGGGAAAUAGUACAAUUUUGGUCACUGGUGGAGCUGGUUAUGUGGGGUCUCACACCGUAGUUGAAUUGUUGAACAACAAUUAUUCAGUAAUAGCUAUUGAUAAUUUAGUCAAUAGCUAUGCUAAAGGCAAUGAUGAGAAACCAGAGUCCCUUAAGAGGGUUGAAAAGAUUACCGGUGAGGCAGUGACUUUUUAUAAUGUGGAUAUCAGGGAUAAGGAAGCACUGGACAAAGUGUUCAAACUUCACAAAAUUGACUCGGUCAUUCAUUUUGCUGCUUUAAAGGCUGUUGGCGAAUCAGUGCAAAUUCCUUUAACUUAUUACCAAAAUAACAUUGCUGGAUCAAGCACACUUUUUGAGGUCAUGGCCAAAAAUGGUGUUAAAAGUUUAGUGUUUUCUUCAUCGGCCACAGUGUAUGGAAACCCACAGUUUCUACCAAUAACAGAGGAUCAUCCAACUGGUCAAGGCUGCACAAAUCCUUAUGGAAAAACCAAAUACUUUGUUGAAGAAAUUCUUAAAGAUGUGUGUGCUUCAGAUCCUGAAUGGAAAGUUGUAUUGCUCAGGUACUUCAAUCCUGUUGGAGCUCAUGAAUCUGGACUCAUCGGUGAAGAUCCCGCAGGAAUUCCUAAUAAUUUAAUGCCAUAUAUUUCUCAGGUUGCUGUAGGUCGUAGAGAAAAACUAAAAGUAUUUGGAUCUGAUUAUGAAACCCCAGAUGGAACUGGAGUCAGGGACUACAUUCAUAUCACAGAUCUGGCAAUAGGUCACUUGAAGGCACUUGAAAAAAUGUUGAACCCAUCGUUCCAUUCUUGGAAGGCGUAUAAUUUGGGUACAGGUAGAGGCUACUCUGUACUGGAAAUGAUCAAGGCUUUCUCUGAAGCAUCAGGCAAGCAGAUCAAGUACGAGUUGGCUCCAAGAAGAGAAGGAGAUAUCGCCAUUUGUUAUGCAGAUGCCACUUUUGCCAGGAACGAGUUGAAUUGGACAGCAACACGGGAUAUAAAGGCGAUGUGCAAAGAUACUUGGAACUGGCAGAAGAACAAUCCCAAAGGAUUCCAAAAUCCCUAAAUUUAUCAUUCCCAGUGUAUUUGUAAUACAGACGAUAAUCUAUAAUUAAGUCCAUGUUGUAUUACAAUACAAGCUUUAUUGGAUUAUAUUAAUUAUAUAAUUGACUUUUUGUACAUUAUGAUCAUACUUUAUACAUAUACAUAUUUUUGUUAAUUUAUUUUGUACAUAAAAAUGCCAGUAUUGGAAAAAUAGGACGACCAACAAAGUAAAUUGAUUUGUAAAUUUUUUAACUUAUUAUUAGCAAAUGAGGUAGUUAUAUAUUUAAUGUUAUGGAAUAUUUAUUGCAUUUUCCAGGCUGUAAAUUAUAUAAACAAUUUUUAAAUUAUUACUUUCUUUGUAUAGUGACGUAAAUCAUUAAAUAUUGUGAUCGUACAAAUAAAAUAUAUUUUUAAGAAA